AUUAUUUCAAGGAAUGCCACUAAUGCUGUGCAACUCUGAUUAUGGAAAACCAAGAGUUGUGAUAAGUAACGCGUAUCAAUUCAGACCUAAAUAUAUUAGUACAUAUGUUAGGUUUCUUGUUGUCAUUUGUAUAUUACCAAUAAUACCGCCAGGCAAUUGGCGCAAAAACCGCAAAGAUCUCAUUAAUGGCACAGCAGAUUAAAGCAGCUGCGAUAUGGCUGCUGUUAAUGUUCCAAAGUACUGCCAGUGUUAUUGGCGAACGUACGCGUGAUAAAAUGUACGAACCCAUUUUGGGCGCCAGCUGCUUCCGACGCUUGAACGGUACCCAUCAGACAGGAUGCUCAUCAACAUUUUCGGGAUCUGUGGGCGUACUGCAUCUGAUAAAUAUUGAUGCGGACCUGGAAUUUUUGCUUACCAGUCCUCCAUCGCCGCCGUACGCUCCCAUGAUACCACCACAUUUGUUUACAAGGGCCAACCUGUUACGUCUUAAAGAAGCCGGCCCGAAAAUAAUAUCUGUUGUGCUUCUAAUAAAUAGAUCGAAAAUAGAACAAUUUUCACAUGAACUCAACUGUCCCAAUCAGUACAGUGGUCUCAAAUUAAACAACAGCACAGAGACAGCCACCUGUGAUGCAAAAAAAGUGACCAAUACCUGGAAUCGUUGGGGCACUGGUCUACUGCACGAGGACUUUCCAUUUCCCAUUUACUACAUAGCCGAUCCUGAAGAAAUUGAUAAACUGGAGAAAUGUUUUAUCAAAUUUAACGACUUUGAUUACGAGUCGCAUGCUCUGCGCAGCUUAUGUGCUGUGGAAAUCAAGUCUUUUAUGUCAGCAGCUGUUAACUCUGAAGUGUGCAUGCGGCGGACUAAUUUUAUAAAUAAUCUUGGCGGCAGUAAAUAUUGCGAUCCUUUGGAGGGUCGGAAUGUGUAUGCAACAUUGUAUCCGCGCAGUCCAACUGAAAAUGUAGAUAUCAAUACCGACGAGAAAUUUAUUAUUGUAUCAUGCCGCCUAGACACUACGAGCAUGUUUGAUGGACUGGGAUUGGGCGCGAUGGACUCGUUGCAGAGCCUGGCUAUUCUUACCCAAGUAGCGCAUAUGCUACAUAUCCUAUUACCUUCGCAGAAUACACUGACUGACCCAAAACGCAAUGUGCUCUUUGUGGCGUUCAAUGGCGAGUCUUAUGACUACAUUGGUUCUCAGCGCUUUGUUUACGAUAUGGAGAACUUGGCUUUUCCGACCCGCUCCACACGCACAACGCCUAUUUCAUUUGACAACAUCGAGUUUAUGCUAGACAUUGGUACACUCGACGAUAUUGGCAACAUUAAGCUACACACACUAACCUCUACACUGCUCGCUAAGCAACUGCUGCAGCAGCUCAACCGAUAUGCUAAAUCAUCCCGAUACGGGUUUAAUGUGAACUUCGAAUCAAACGUGGGUUAUCAUAUACCACCCACAUCAGCUCAAUCCUUUUUGCGUCGUGAUGAAAAGUUCCCGGCACUAAUCUUAAACGCUCUGCCCAAUAAUAGAUUCUAUCACUCAAUAUAUGACGAUGUCGAUAAUGUUGCUUUUAUCUAUGCUAACACCAGCCAAGAUUACACAAAGCUGGCUGAUGUGAACGAUAUGAAAAACAUCAGUGUUAAUUCUUUGCAAAUGAAAGUGCGCAAUGUGUCGUCUAUAGUGGCAAUGGCGCUUUAUGAGACAUUAACGGGAAAACAGUACCAAGGAAAUCAAGUGGCCAAUCCGCUGCUGGCAGAUGAAUUCUUCUACUGCUUUCUGCUCUCCUCGGAUUGCCCACUUUUCAAAGCUUCUUCAUAUCUGAACAGUCCUCCAGGUGUACCUUUACCGCCAAUGAGAUACAUAAGUGUGCUGGGUGGCUCACAAGAAUCAUCGGGCUGGACGUAUCGCCUGUUUGGUUAUCUGCUUUCGCACCAAGAGCCGAGUGUGCCAAAAGAGAAUUGCACUCAAUUGCCCCUGUAUUAUUUUGCUGGUCUGAAUGACACUGGAGAGUGUCGCCGUACAACGCAGAACUAUACACAUGCAUUAAGUCCGGCAUUUCUCAUUGAAGACUACGAUUGGCGGUCAGGUCAAUAUUCAACAUGGACUGAAUCAACUUGGUCGCAAUUCAGCGCACGCAUCUUUCUACGUCCGUCCAAUGUGCACGAAAUAACAAUUUUGAGCAUUGGAAUUGUGGUGUUUAUAAUUUCGUUCUGUUUAAUAUAUAUUAUCAGCUCACGAUGGGAAGUACUCUUUGAGGAUCUGCCUGCUAGCAAUGCGGCAUUAUUUAAUUGAUGUUUUUGAAGUUGGCCCGCAGCAAAAACAACAAGAACGCCUUCAUAACUGAACUCUCAUCUGUGCAUGCAAUUCUCACUUCAACAUACUUAGUAACCCGAUUAAAAUGUAUAAAUUAACUAGUUUUUUAACCUUAUUUGAAUUGCAAUUCUAGACUGCCAAUGCCAACGGCUUGUUAGGAGCAGGAUAUUCGGGAAGCUCCAAUUGUUAACUUAUAAAAGACAAAACUAAGAAACACCAAUUGCAUCAUAGAAAUAAAACUAUGAAGUAAUACCCAUGACAAAACCUUUUACUUAUAGACUACUGAUAUUCUAAUUGUUUACUUUAAGUAUUCGAGAAAAAUAUUUAUUUAUAUACAUUUUUGUACUUCAAACACGUAAUAAGCAACACUA